CUUCAGGUGCGAUUGUAUCGCGAUUCGUUCGCCACACCCUGGGGAUUCCGACUUCAGGGUGGCAAGGAUCUGAAACAGCCCCUCGUCGUGCAACGGGUAAGUGUCAUUAUGUUUCCAGCAGAAGGUCAACUCCAGAGAGGUGACAUUAUCGAUUCCAUUGGUAUAAAGAGAGGGGUAGACCUAAGUCAUAAACAAGCCCAGGACUCACUUAAGCACGGCGGGGGACAGAUCGAACUAGCUGUAACCAGUAAAUAUGGAGGCGGAGGUCCUACUUUCGGAGCUGAGUUUGGCGGUACUCCAGCAUCAAUGCCAACACAAAGUGGAAAUUAUAGACCAGUCGAACAAUAUAAUAUGCUAAAUAAAGUACAGGGAACGCCAAGGUUGGUUCCUUAUGAUCCACCAACAUCGGCACAACCCCACGCUACUUCAAACAAUACUUAUAAUGAGGGCACCGAUCCUAAUGUUGUUCAUUUACAGUAUAAUUCGCCAAUGGGUUUAUAUUCGAAUGAUAAAGUGCAAGAAACAAUAGACAGCCAAUCA